AUGUCCCGCCCGCCAGAAACUACUUUGGUUCUUUCCAGCAGAAAAGCUUUAAACAGUAAUGCUGUUAUUGGUAUCGACACCCAGUUUUUAACUGUGAGUGACUUUCUAAAAGGCAUCAAGCUUAUCCCUGCCGGUAUACAUUUGUUCCAUUACUCUGAUUCUGUUGACGAUGGCACCUCUGUUCGAUUUGGCCGCUGGUUCGAGUGCAAAAGAAACGAUAUUAUUUCCGUUGAGUUCAAGGAUGAUGCUUGUGUGUUUCGGUAUCUAACUAUGGUUCCUGAGAACUUGGGCGAUUUGUAUCAGCAAAUGGUGGAAUACCCCGAAGAUCAUAAGGCAUGGAAAAGUUUGGUCAGCUUUGUUGACACCGAGGUAGUGGAAGAGUUUUGUCCACAUGAAUUGCCUGUCUCUACGUCCACGCCUCUGAGAGAAGAGAAUAUGGUCCUUGCCGAUAUUUUGAUGGCGAAAAACCCGGAACAGAAAAUAGACACUCAAGCUUCGGAAGAAUUGCGAUAUACAAUUAUUCAGGGUACUGUGCCUGGCGAAACUCAUGGGAAAGACUUGUCAGCCAUUACGAGAGAUGCUCUAGAUAGGUCAUGGUACUUGCUGCAGCUCUUUGGCCAUGACUUGGAACUCCUACUUGGGGAACUUCAGUUAUGUUUUGUUCACUUCAUCGUUCUUGGCAACCUCUGCUCUUGCACACAAUGGUCUAACCUUUUGAAGUUGGUGCUGAUGUCGGCUUCCUUUUUGUACCAGAACCACACAUUUGCUGAUUCCUUUUUGCAAGUUCUUGUGGCCCAGCUUCUCAAAAUCCCGCCAGAAUAUAUCUCGCUGACACUGAACAAUCUGAUUGUGGAUAUUCCAGUGUAUCUUCAAACCAUGGAAAAUCUUUAUCAUGUUUUCGGCCAGCUGAAAGCGUGGGAAACCUUGCGAAGAGUCAAUGCCAAGUUGGGUUUCGAUCUUCUGUUUGCACUGAAAGUGGACGACGACAAUUUUGAAGUUUUCGACUUGGAAAAAUACGACGAGAACGAUGAAGAUGCGCCGAUGGUCGUCUUUUAG